AUAUAUUGCUUCAAGAGUUGGGAGUGAACAAAAACGUUUGGUGCAGAAUGGGAGAAAGUCGGACAUGUGAGCCAAUGAAGGCUACAUCAAAUGGGGUGUUUCAGGGUGAUGGUAUUAUUAAUCAUGCACUUCCUCUUGCCAUUAUUCAAAUAUGUCUUGUGGUGUUGCUCACACGCCUUCUUGCUGUAAUUUUACGGCCUCUUCGACAGCCUCGUGUCAUUGCAGAGAUUGUUGGAGGAAUAUUGCUUGGCCCUUCAGCUUUUGGUAGGAACAAGAAGUAUCUGAAUACAAUUUUUCCUGCCACGAGUCACACUGUGUUGGAUACGUUAGCCAACCUUGGCCUCCUCUUCUUUCUGUUCCUUGUAGGCUUAGAGUUAGAUCCAAAGUCAAUUCGCCGGACUGGUAAAAAGGCUCUAUGCAUAGCCCUGGGAGGCAUCUGUCUACCUUUCGCGUUGGGAAUAGGAACCUCAUUUGCCCUCCGUGCAUCCAUUUCUAAAGGUGUAAGUGGACCUCCAUUUCUUGUAUUCAUGGGAGUGGCUUUUUCUAUUACUGCAUUUCCCGUCCUGGCACGUAUUUUAGCUGAACUCAGGCUUUUAACUACUGCUGUUGGGCGUAUGGCCAUGUCAGCUGCGGCUGUAAAUGACGUUGCCGCCUGGAUUUUACUUGCUCUUGCCGUUGCCCUCUCAGGAUCGGGGCGAUCUCCCCUUGUAUCUUUAUGGGUUCUUUUGUGCGGGGGUGCUUUUGUCUUCAUUUGCAUACUCAUUGUCCCGCCUAUCUUUAGAUGGAUGCAGCAGCGAUGCCCAGAGGGGGAGCCUGUGGACGAAUUGUAUGUUUGUGCUACUCUGUCUAUUGUUUUGUUUGCGGGUUUUGUGACUGAUGUUAUUGGAAUACAUGCUCUCUUUGGGGCAUUUAUAAUUGGCGUUUUGGUCCCAAAGGAUGGGGCAUUUGUUGGUGCUCUGGUUGAAAAAGUUGAGGAUCUUGUAUCCGGUCUUUUUCUCCCAUUGUACUUUGUUUCAAGCGGACUGAAGACUGAUAUUGCCGCAAUUCGAGGACUUCGGUCUUGGGGAUUCCUUUUGUUGGUCAUAGUUACAUCAUGCUUCGGAAAGGUGGCUGGCACUGUGUCAAUGUCCGUCUUAUGCAAAAUGCCUGUGCGGGAGUCUCUAGCACUUGGCUUUCUAAUGAAUACUAAAGGCUUGGUGGAACUCAUUGUCCUCAACAUUGGCAAAGACAGAAAGGUAUUGAAUGAUCAAACAUUUGCGAUCAUGGUUCUGAUGGCGGUCUUCACAACAUUUAUAACAACACCUUUAGUCAUGGCGGUGUACAAGCCUGACAAAAGAACAAGCAAUGACAUUUACAAGCACAGAACUAUUAAGAGGAAAGAUCCAGAAGUUCAGUUUAGGAUUAUGGUUUGUUUCUAUGCUUCAAGAAACCUCCCCACAAUGAUUAAUCUGAUUGAAGCUUCACGUGGGACUGAAAAGAAAGGAGGUCUCUGUGUUUACGCACUGCACCUCAUGGAACUCACAGAAAGGCCAUCUGCAAUACUUAUGGUCCACAAGGCAAGAAAAAAUGGAAUACCCUUUUGGAACAAAGGCAGAAACUCAAAUACUGAUCAAGUCGUUGUUGCUUUCGAGGCUUUUAGACAACUGAGCCGCGUCUCUAUCCGUCCAAUGACUGCAAUCUCACCGAUGCACAAUAUUCACGAAGACAUUAUUGGAAGUGCUGAAAGGAAACGAGCAUCAAUAAUAAUUCUCCCAUUUCAUAAACACCAGAGGCUCGAUGGGACCCUGGAGACUACUCGAAACGAAUUUCGUUGCGUUAAUAAGAAGGUUCUUGAGAGUGCUCCGUGCUCAGUGGGGAUCUUAGUUGACCGGGGGCUUGGUGGCAGCACGCAUGUUUCAGCAAGCAAUGUUUCUUCCGUUAUGACAGUUUUGUUUUUCGGUGGAAACGAUGAUCAGGAAGCCCUUGCUUAUGGAGCUCGCAUGGCUGAGCACCCUGGAAUUAGUCUCACUGUCAUUCGAUUCCUUCCAAGCCCUGAUAUUUCCGGGGAGAUUCAGACGAAAGACCAGUCCCAUGUUUCUGAAGAUAACAACUUCCUUGCUGAAGUUAAAACAAAAUUUGCAGCUGUAGAUUCAUUCACUUAUGUAGAAAGAGUAGUCAAGAACACUGCAGAAACUGUUGAGAUUGUAAGCCAGUUUAAUAAAUGCAACAUGUUUUUGGUCGGUCGAACUCCUGAGGGCCGGGCAGCGGCCGUGUUCCAUGUGAAGAGUGAUUACCCGGAACUUGGACCGGUCGGCAGCUUGCUGAUAUCUCCUGAUUUCUCAACAUCAGCUUCAGUUUUGGUGCUACAACAAUAUACCGGCCAUGGUCGAAUUGCUUCUAUGUCAGGACCUCAGGAUCAAUGUCUGUAG